AUAAUAUUUCAGUAUUUGCUUCAGUUUUUUUGAAGGUCUGUCUCCUGAGUUGUUACUUAAAGAACAGUYGUUUUGUUUUUUUGGUCUUUGAUUUUCACCACAAAUAUGAGUCAAUCGGGAAAGAUUGGUAUUGUUGGCAGUGGUCUUAUUGGCCAGAGUUGGGCAAUGCUGUUCGCCGCCUCMGAGUUCGAUGUGUCCAUCUAUGAUGUGAUUACCGAUAACGUAGACAAGGCAUUGGUCAGCAUUGAGAAUCAGCUCAACGAUCUCGAAUCGAAAGGACUACUUCGGGGUAAAAUCAAUGCAAAACAACAGUUGGCUUUGAUUAGAAAGGCAGACACUUUGCAGGAUUGCCUACAAAAUGCUAUUCAUGUUCAGGAGUGUGUUUUCGAGGAUUUGGAGCUCAAGAAAAAGGUUUUCAAACAAUUGGACGAAAUAGCGUCGGACAGUGUGGUGUUGUGCAGUUCAACCAGUUGUAUACUGCCCUCACUGUUCCAGUCGGAGCUCAAACACCGGCAACAGGCUAUUGUUGGACAUCCGGUUAAUCCGCCCUAUUUUAUACCAUUGGUCGAAGUGAUUCCCAAUAAACAUACCGAUCCCGAUGUAGUACAGCGAACCCGAGCACUGUUCACACAGAUCGGCCAAAAGCCUGUSGUCAUCAAGAARGAGGUCAAUGGAUUUGUAGGCAAUCGUAUACAGUAUGCCGUUCUUAGCGAAACCUAUCGUCUCAUUGAAGACGAUGUCAUCAGUGUUGAGGACGUGGACACUGUUAUGGCCGACGGGUUUGGUCUGCGGUGGGCAUUUAUGGGACCGUGGGAGACGGCACACCUUAAUGCGGUCGGUAUGAAAGAGUAUUUUGAAAAAUAUGCCAAAAGUAUGGAAAGUGUGUGCCAUGACUUUGGACCGGUGCCCACAUUCAGUGGUAAGGGAGCCGACAUUGUUGUCGAAGAAAUGCAUAAACGUAUACCAGUCGAGGCAUUGCCAGAGCGCAGGAAAUGGAGAAAUGAACGACUGAUUGCAUUAUCGCAGCUCAAGAAACGUUUGGAUAAUUGAUAAAAACAUUAUCUAUUAAUAUUAUAUAAUAAUAAUAAUACUGUAA